GAGCGGGGCGCCAAACGGAGCGGGCUGCAGGAGGAGGGGCCUCGCUGAGACUCGUGGCUCUCGGCUCUGUUUACAAGCCUUUACUCUUUUAAUGUCAGCCUGCUCCUUCUCCGCGUCAAACAGGAGAGAGAGAGACAGUCAGAACGGAACGGAACGGCCGAGCUCCUUCUACCCUUUCAGACAGAAGAGAGAGAGACAGGCAGAACGGAACGGAACAGCGGAGCUCAGAGAGGACACACGGAUAUAGUGCAGCUCUCUCCACAAACAACAGCAUGACUAGGAGGCCGAGACACAGUGUGUACAGUAGUGAAGAAGAUGAUGAUGACAUUGAGAUGUAUGAACAUGACUAUGAUGGACCGCUGCCCAAGGCAGGCAAACGGCAUCUAGGCAAGACACGCUGGACACGAGAAGAGGAUGAGAAGCUGAAGAAGUUAGUAGAACACCAUGGAUCAGAAGACUGGAAGCUCAUCGCUAGCUUCUUACCUAACCGUACAGACGUUCAGUGUCAACACCGCUGGCAGAAGGUUCUCAACCCAGAACUUAUCAAAGGACCCUGGACCAAGGAGGAGGACCAGAGAGUUAUCGACCUAGUCCAGAAGUAUGGAGCCAAGCGUUGGUCGGUGAUCGCCAAGCACCUGAAGGGUCGGAUAGGGAAGCAGUGCAGAGAGCGCUGGCACAACCACCUGAACCCUGAGGUGAAGAAGACUUCCUGGACCGAGGAGGAGGACCAGAUCAUCUACCAGGCCCACGAGAAACUGGGCAACCGCUGGGCCGAGAUCGCUAAACUGCUGCCUGGCAGGACUGACAAUGCUAUCAAGAACCACUGGAACUCUACGAUGCGUAGGAAGGUGGAACAGGAGGGUUACCUUCAGCACUCCGCCAAGUCUGGCCACGCAUCCCUCGACGUCUCCCCCGGUUACGCUAAGGCCAACCACCACAUCAUGGGCUUCUCUCACCACUCCCCUCUCCCGCCUCUCUCACCCCUCACAGGGAACUACCCCUAUAUUUCGGACCUCAGGGUGCCCUUCCCCCUAGCGCUGCAUGUCAACAUCCUGAACAUUCCACAGCAUGGAACAGCUGCUAUACAGAGACAUUACACUGAGGAGGACCCAGAGAAGGAGAAGAGGGUGAAGGAGAUUGAGCUGCUGCUCAUGUCAACAGAGAAUGAGCUGAGGGGACAGGGACAGCCUGCACUACCUAUCAUCCCAUACUCUAAUUGGGCAGGUAGUGACACGUCUUGCCAUCACCACCAGACAGCUGGCCCCUGCCUCCCCGAGGAGAGCGCCUCGUCCUCACGCAGCAGCAACAACAACAACAACAACAACAAUAACAACAACAACAACAGCAGUAACAACAACAAUAACAACAGUAACCAUGGCAGCCACACACUCUCCAACCUCCCGGAGUUCAUGGAGUCAGUCAUCGACUUGUUUCUCAACCAAUCGGCGAGCCCGGAAAGCUCAGACAGCGACAGCCUACCAAUGAGCUCCCAGAAACCCCUGCUGGCCACUCCUCUACACCGAGACCACACCCCCCGACCCCAGAAAAAGAACGACAUGUUCAGGACUCCUACUAUCCGUCGUUCCCUCCUGGAGUUGUCUCCUCGUACUCCGACCCCCUUCAGGUCUUCCAUGGUAGAGUGUAUAAAGCAGGAACCUAUGGAGUGUGUUGUCUCAGUCGGGGGCUCCCCAGACCAACAGCCACCCUUAAAGAAGAUCAAACAAGAGGAGGUGGAGUCUCCCUGUCUGCAGUGGAAGGGGUCAGACCUCUCUGCCCAGCUCUUCUCCCCCUCCGGCCCCGCCCAGGAAGUACCUGAUCUGCUGACACGUUCUGUGCUGAGUGAAGACAAACCGUACCACCUCCCCCUCCGGCCCCUGGGCAGCCCACUACAGCAGCUAAACACGUGGGACCAAGUGGCUUGUGGGAAGGUGGAGGACCAAGAACAGAACCACAAAUACAUCCACACUUACUCUGCCAGGACCUUGGUCAUGUAACAAACACAAACACACACAGACACUCGUUGGAUACAACAGACCAAAGACUUCGAUUUGUUUAUUCCUAUUUCAACUAUUUUCUGUUAUUAAUGUUUUAUGUUAAUUGUAUUAUUGUAUGUUAUGUUGUUUUAUAAAACAGGGAGAAAAUGAUGUGCCUAUAAUUCAAUAAUAAUUGGGCCGUAUUCUGAAUAAUUCUGAGUUGUAAUAUUUUUAAUAUAAAGAACAAGUUGAUUAAUUUAUUUGUUUUAUUUUGACGAAGACUGUUUUUUAUACGACCGGCCAAUCGAGCAGUGUUUUGACUCCAGUAUUUUUAACCUUAACCCCUGACCCUUAACCCCUGACCCUAGCAUUAUUACGGGUUAAACCAAAAAGUGCUACAAAAUGAUUAUGAAACUAAUGAAACAAGAGCUAAUACACUUAAAGAGGAGAGGCCUUUAUAAAGCCUUAUAAUGCCUCUAUGAGUGUUAACAUUUCACUGCUAGACAUUACGUCUUAUGUCAGCUCCUGUGUCAACCUUAUGAAUGGUUAUGAAUGAUCAUAUGAUGCUUACGUGACAAUUGGGCCAUCACCUGUAUUCUGAUUUGUCUUGUUUCCUGUCUUGCCUAUAUACUGUAUCAUAGGGGAAACAUUUCCAUUGAACAAAAUGUAUUAUUAUUAUUAUUAUUAUUAUUAUUUUAUUACUUUUUCCCUAAAGUCUUACACUGAGUUUACUACAGAGUUCUCAACGCAUCAAACUAUGACUCAAUCCCAAACCGACCCCUAGACCCUAUGCCCUAUCAUCGACCCCUAUGCCCUAUCAUCGACCCCUACGCCCUAUCAUCGACCCCUACGCCCUAUCAUCGACCCCUACGCCCUUGUGGAGAUCUGAGAUGAUUUGAGGUCCUCUGUAGCUCAGCUGGUAGAGCACGGCGCUUGUAACGCCAAGGUAGUG